CGCGCCGCUGCGCCCCACGUGUGUCGCCUCGCCGAGAAGCCUCUGCAGAUUAGCUGGAAGUCGCGGAUCGUAAACAUGGGCAAAAAAUUAAAAGUCGGAAAAACCAGAAAAGACAAGUUUUAUCACCUGGCCAAGGAAACGGGCUACAGAUCCCGUUCCUCUUUUAAGCUCAUUCAGCUGAAUCGUAAAUUCCAGUUUCUGCAGAAAGCCCGGGCUCUGGUGGACCUGUGCGCUGCUCCAGGUGGAUGGUUGCAAGUGGCGUCCAAGUUUAUGCCUGUGUCCAGUCUCAUCAUUGGAGUGGAUCUGGUCCCCAUCAAACCCAUCCCCAAUGUAGUCACCUUGCAGGAGGACAUCACAACUGAAAAGUGCAGACAGGCUCUCAGAAAAGAGCUGCAGACAUGGAAAGUUGAUGUGAUGCUUAACGAUGGAGCGCCCAAUGUGGGAGCCAACUGGCAGCACGAUGCCUUCUCUCAAGCUCAUCUCACCCUCAUGGCACUCAAGCUUGCCUGUGAGUUUCUUGGAAAAGGAGGGACUUUUGUCACCAAAGUCUUUCGCUCCAAGGACUACCAGCCCCUGAUGUGGAUCUUCCAGCAGUUCUUCAAGAAGGUGCAGGCUACCAAGCCCCAGGCGUCCCGUAACGAGUCCGCCGAAAUCUUUGUCAUCUGUCAAGGUUUUCUGGCUCCUGACAAAAUUGAUAAUAAAUUCUUCGACCCCAAGCACGCCUUUAAAGAGGUGGAAACACAGGUGAAGACGGUCAAGGAGUUGGUCACAGUGAAGAAGCCUAAAGCAGAAGGCUAUGAGGAAGGAGACCUGACGCUGCAUCACCCUUUCUCGGUCACAGAGUUUUUAAAGGCGGAGAACCCUGUUGACUUCUUGAGCAAAGCCAGUGCAAUCACUUUUGACAAUCCAGAGCUGGAGUCCCAUACAGCCACGUCUUCUGAGAUUAAAGAGUGCUGCAAAGACAUCAAAGUCCUGGGAAGAAAGGAGCUCCGACUCUUGCUCUCAUGGAGGUCCAAACUGAGGAGGUUUUUGGCCAAAAAGCUGAAAGAGGAGGCCAAACAGCUGGACCAAGAAAUCAGCCUGAGCUCAAGUGAAGAAGAAAGUGAUACAGAGAAAGACCACAAGAAGAAGAAAGUAGAAGAGAAGCAGACAGACGAAGAGGAGGAUGAAGAAGAAGAAGAGAUGGAGAAGAAGGUGGCCGAGCUAAAAGCAGAGGAGAUCGCAGAGCUUAAACGUAAGAAGAAGAAGCUCCUGAAAGAGCGCCGGAAGCAGAGAGAGCGAACGGAGCUCAAGAUGGACCUUCCUGGAGUGUCCAUUGCUGACGCCGGAGACUCCAACAUGUUUUCCCUCAGCACCAUCAAAAAAGCCAAGGGUCUGAGUGAGCUAGCUUUGGGGGACAUGAAGGGAGCAGACGCAUGGGUGGAUGAGAUGGGAGAGGACGACGUCCACGUCUCGGACGUGGAGAGUGACCUCGUCUCUCUGGCCUCAGACCUGGAUGAGGACGAUCUGGCGGAAAUUGAGGAGAAUGAGAAACAGUUGGAGAAGAAGCUUCCUAAGAAAAAGGUUUCCUUCAGUGUGGAAGAGGAUGGUGAUGCAGAGGGGGAUGGGAACGAGCUGCUGGUAGAUCUGGAGAGUAAAGAUGAGAAGAGAGAGCGAGAGACCAGCAUGUGGUUUAGCAAGGACAUUUUCGCUGAACUGGGUCUGGAUGGAGAUGUAGAUGCCAUGAAAGAACUCGAACAGACCCAGCUGCUCCACAGCAAGCAGGCUGCAGGUAAAGGCCAGAAGAGGAAGGCCGAAGAGGAGGCUAAGGCUGUCGAGGAGGAGGUGCUAGACGCCCCUUCACAGCAAACAGAAGAGAAAGCAGGGGAUGAAGAGGACAGUGAUGACGACUCUGACGAGGACAGCAGUGACGAUGAGAGAGAGAUUGCGAAGAUGAAGGGUGCCUCAGGAUCUGGUAAAUUACCUGGUGAUGAUGAUGACGACCAUUUGCAAGUGGUUCCUGUAGAGAGCAUAAGUAAACGCGCUCGUAUCAUGGAUGCUGAAGGCAUGGCUCUCGGAGCUCAGAUCGCCACAUCCAAAAAGAGAUGCAAGGACCUGGUAGACAGCUCUUUCAACAGGUUUGCCAACUCCGAGGACAUGACCGAGCUACCAGCUUGGUUUGUGGAUGACGAGCGCAAGCACAGGAAGAAGCCCGUCCCUGUCACCCAGGAGAUGGUGGAGGAGUACAAAGAGAAAUGGAAGCAGAUUAAUGCCCGUCCCAUCAAGAGACUGGCAGAGGCCAAAGCUCGCAAGAAGAGGAGGAUGCUGAAGAAGAUGGAGCAGGCCAAGAAGAAGGCCGAAGCAGUGGUCAACACAGUGGACAUCUCUGAAAGAGAAAAGAUGGCGCAGCUCAAAAGCAUCUACAAGAAGGCCGGCGUGGGUAAAGAGAAAAGGGAGGUCACAUAUGUGGUGUCCAAGAAGGGCGCUGGCCGCAAAAUCCGCCGCCCCCCGGGGGUGAAGGGUGCCUUCCGCGUGGUGGACAGACGGAUGAAGAAGGACUUAAAAGGCAAACAGAAAAAGGAGCAGAGAGGCAAGGACAGAGGGGGCAGGAAAGGAGGCAAGGGCGGCAAGGGGGUAAAGACGGGUAAGGGACGCCCAAACAGAAAGUGAGAACGUUUCUCGUCUUCCUUUUAGCCGUCACGCUCAGCUAGGACUGCUUUUAAGCAGCUGAGCUGUGUGAAAUGCCAGCUACUCAGUGGGUGUCGUUACUUCACCUUGGACUGUUUUUUUUAAGGUCUUUCGCAUCUGGACUGGUCUUCAGCACGGACUACAUUGUAGUCUGUGGUGAUGGUGAGAGUUGCCUUUUAAUGCUGGUCUGAGAUCAGUUUUAACAUUUCUCUUAUUAUGGGGAGACUUCACAAUCCUGGUUCUGAAGUACUGCAGCUCUGCAUAUUUCACUUUUUUUUUUUUUUUUUUUUUUUUUUUUUUUUUACUGCCUCAGAUGACUCAAGUCAUCAGCAGAUUAACAGAUAUAUUACAGGUUGAUUCUCUUGACAGAGCUUAAUUCCAGGAGUUGGCGUUAAUCCCUGUCUGGCCAUGCAUGUGUGCAAUGCAGGAGUUCCCAGGACUUAGUUACUAUCAAAUCAAGUACAAAACUGGUAAACUCAUAAAAUCAUGCGUCUGUUUAAAAACAUUGCUUUUGUAGGAUGUAUUGAGUACGAACCUGUAAAUGUUUGCUUUUCUAAGCCUGUUUAAUCAUAGAUGUGUCCUGUACAGGCGUGAAAAGAUGCGUCCUGUACUUUUGUUUUCCUUAUGGAUGGAAGAAAUUCAGUCUUUGAUUAAAUAUCCUGAUUGGUUGAGUUUUGAUUCUUGUGUCAUAUGUUCAGAAGUGUGUUUUGGAUUGGUGAGACGGUUGAACUGAGUUUCCACAGUUCUAUGUCAACAUUUUCAGUUUAAUAAAUAAAAGUAAUAUUCAUGUAA